CUGACUCCCCAGCAUACGCGUCAGACUUCAGUUGGAAGGACAUACUUUCUUGUCGUAUGCACUGCAAUACCGCUACAAAGAUCUGGUCUUUCUGGUCUAGGCAGUUAAUCAUACUGUUCAAUGAGUUACAUGGUUCUCAGUUUAUUAACUGUAAUAACUCUACUUUUGAAAGUGUUGAACGAAAGAGAAAAUUGAAGUCUUUGAGACGCUCGGGUCUUGGUAGUGGAACUUACGUUCACUUGAAGUCUCUGCUGGGCGUGGAACCAACUACAUAGCUGUACAAUGUCUGAAUCAUUCGCCAGCACUGAGUCGGGGGACCAACACUCGCGGGUGAACAGCCGCCCCAAACCGGGCUUCCUGGAGCGGCUGAGUGAGACGGCUGGCGGAAUGGUGGUUGGACUUGGAUUGUUUGCGCUCUCCUUCUACGUAUUGUUCACCAAUGAGGGCAGAGCACUGCGUACCGCAGCAUCACUAGAUGAAGGUCUGUCUCAGGUGGUCUCCCUUCACCAUUACUCAGGCUUAGACCUUCAGAACAACAAUCACUUGGUCCACCUGUCGGCGAAAUUACGCACCACACAGCCUCUCCAUGACCCAAACUACAGAGUGGCCUUGCAGGCGGUGAAGCUGAAGCGCCAGGUAGAGAUGUACCAGUGGGUGGAGUCCCAGGAGAGCAGGGAUUAUGUGGAGGAUGGUGAGCAGAAGAGUGAGACAACCUACACCUACAAUACAGAGUGGAAGUCAGAAGUCAUCAACAGCCGGAACUUUGAUAAAGAAAUUGGCCAUAUGAAUCCCAGUGCCAUGGCAGUGGAGAGUGUUACUGUGGUGGCACCAGACGUAUGGGUGGGACCAUUCUUGCUCUCCAAAGGUUUGGUGGAUCAGAUAAAUAACUUUAAGAGUCUAAUGGGACUGCCACAGUCUCACAUCGACCCCUUCCUCACUGUGGAUGAAGACUACUUCUACCACACCCCUACCCCACGCCGCCCAGAAGUGGGAGAUGUCCGUGUGAGCUUCUCAUAUGCUGGGCUCAGUGGAGAGGGCUCCUGGCCAGGACCUGCCCAAAUUGUGAGUGUUGUGGCCAAGCAAAUGGGAGAGCAGCUGAUGCCUUACAAAACCAAGUCAGGUGUUGCUCUGGAGCUCCUCUAUAUGGAAGAACUUACAGCAGAGGAGGUGUUUGCACGUGAGCAUCAGCACAACGCCAUGAUGACCUGGGCUCUGAGGGUCGGAGGCUGGGCACUCAUGUUCCUGGGUGUCAGCUUGACCGUGCGCAUCGUCUACACACUGGUGGACUGGGUUCCUAUUCUCAGGGAGCUGGUGUCUUUGGGGCUGAAGCUGUUUGCUUUGUGCAUCUCAAGCUCCUUGUCCCUGCUGACCAUCGCUGCUGGCUGGCUCUUCUACCGCCCCCUGGUGGCCAUUCUGUUAUGUGCACUGGCAUUGCUCCCAAUUCUCCUCGCCCGAUCACGGGCCCCCGCCAAAAAACACCAAUGACGUCUGACCCAAGAGUCAUUCUGACAUCUCUUAUGGCUUGUGUUCUCACUGGAUGUGCUUUAUCUCCAUUCACAAACUCUGAGGAAUGAAGUGUGUGUGUUUUUUUUUGCAGUGCAGUCACAUCACCAGGGUUUCAAAGCAUGGGCUUUGACUUGAGUAUAAUUUAAUUGAAGUGUGGCAGCAAAUGCAACUGUCCAGAUGAUUUACAUAUUAUGUACGUUGCUGGCACAAUUUGCUGUCUUUACAAAUCAGCAGGGUUUCUGUGGUUUUUAAAAGUACAGAAGAUUUUAGUUACUAUUCUGUAUAGUUAUUUUGAGGGUUCACUCACAGCAGGUAGAAUUAAUGUUCAUACAUUUGAGUGAGUUUGCUUGUUUAUACAUAUUACAACAAUUCAAUAUUUCAUCAAUGUGGUACAUACAUGCAGCAAGCUUAUAGAAAACACAAAGUUGAUGAGAUCAUUUAUGUCUGUCCAAAGACAACACAGUGCUAUUAUUUUAAGUUCUGCUGCAUGAGUUGCAUGUGCGGCUUGGGUCUAGCAGUAUCAUAGCAGGCCAAUCCACAGUGAAAGAAUCAGGGGAUAGUAUAUUUUGUAUCUUACAAAUGAUUGUGAGAUAUUUGUGAAGUUUCACAUUCAGAUACUCGAUGUUGCCAAAGAAUGGCCAGAGGAGCAUAAACACAUCCAUGCAGUGAAGAGGGUCAGGGUCAGUGAUGAGUCAAAGGUGAUUUUGUAAAGGACCGUGAUGUCCGUUUUCGUAGUCCCAUAUUUGAUGCACUGAUUAAUUGGCAAAACAUUUUUUUGAUUUUUUUCAUGCUCAUCACUUCCUGCCUGCAUAAAAGGUUUAUGUAGAAUGUAUGAUUGCUGGAUUUGGAUGUCUGGUAGAAGUUGUUUAAUAAGUAUUUUCUGAUUUUUUUUUUUCUCUUCUAAGUUCUGUCUUUGUUUUUUGUUCUGUCUUGUUUUUUGUACAAAAAUAUUGAACUGUCAAAAUACAUGUACAUCACUCAAUACCAAAUUAUAUUUUGAAGAAUGGAAUUACAUUCAAUAAAAUAUUCAGUUUGUGACA